GUGACGUUAGCGGCGCCAUGGCGGCCGUGGAGCUGGACGAAGAGGAAGCCAACAUCGAGUACUCGAAACGGUUGCAGAGCCGUUUGGAGCGAGUGAGCGAGCUGGCGCGGUUCACCCAGCACUGUGCCCGGGCCAUGGAGGGCGUACUGAGCGCGCUGGGCUGGAGCAGCGAGGGCAUGGAUCGGCAGCGGCCGCCUGAUCCAAUGGUUAUUUGUCCAUUUGAUGCAAAUCACCGUCUUCCAAAAUCUUCACUGGAAAAACAUGUUACAUCUUGCAGGCUAAGAAAACUGGGAUAUUCUAAAGAGGAAGAGGCAGAAAUGUGUGACCCGUCAUUUGCCUAUGAGAACACUCUGGUACCUACGUUUAAAAUGGACAAAGAUUUGCAAACUCGGAUUAUACAUGAAGCAAGAAGUAAAGCUCCACUUGGAAAAGAAGAGAGAGCAUAUUCACAAAGUGAUUAUUCUUCAGUACCUCUUGAAGUUCCUGAGAAUCAUCAACAUUCCAUCUGUGACCUAACUCCUGCGGAUCGCCUGGCUAUUUAUGAGCAUGUCAUCAAAGAAACCAGUCAGCAAAAAAACAAAUCGAGGUCCUUUGAAAAUGACAGUGAUUUGUACGUGGACCUUGCUGCAAAGCUCAGCCAAGAGGAGGAACAGAAAGGACCGAAGUCGCACCUUGAAAUACUUGCUGAAAUGAGAGAUUACAAGCGUCGUCGCCAAUCCUACAGAGCCAAGAAUGUUCAUAUAACAAAAAAGUCAUACACAGAGAUAAUUAAGGAUGUUAUUAAUGUGCACAUGGAAGAAUUGUCAAGACAGUGGAAAGACCAAAGUGAUUCUGAUAAUGUGGAAGAAGGCCAAAGUUCUUUAUCUUUAAAAAGCUCUGCAAAUGCACAUAGAAAAAGAUCCAUUGACAAAAUAUCUCCUUCAUCUGAAUGUCAAACUAUUGGAAGUGGUAGAACUGUAGAUCGUGACAACUGGAAAAGGAAUCGCAGUCGAAGUCCACGGGAGAGGAAAAGAAGUCCAGAAUGGAGUAAGGAGAGAGAUUCAAGGAGAAGGCAAGAGAAAGACCAUCACUCACGGGACGACAACCGCCAUCGAAGUUACAGACGGCGAAAGUGACUUGGAACUGCUGAUGGAAAGAAGAUCAGAAAUUAAUUAAAAUAUACAAAAUGUGUAUAAACACUGAACUUUUUAAAAACUCUAAAUGAAUGUUACACACAUAAAAGUUGCUGGUGAAUGCAG